CUUGAAGAAGACCUCAGCGAUGAGCUCCGAUGGGAUGUGCAAUAGAGAGACUCUACAGGACGUCAGGGUCGAGCCUCGCAGGAACUCCCUCCCCCCAACGCAGGCCCUCGCUGAUAAACAUCUGCUGGCUUACCUGCCGCGGCCACAACCAGAAUCCAUACGUUACACUCCUUACACUUACAAGGGUGCAGCUAAAUCCACUGUUGCUUCCAUGAUGAUGGCGAAAAGAGCCUCUCUUAUCCACAACAACUUUAACUACACCAUCUGCUCAUCCCUCCCGUCGUCCCAGGAGGCCUCUCCCUCCCAAACCCACGGUCCCUGCACUCCGUCCUCUCAGGAUUUGACUUUAACCAAGCAGGAUCCCCUUCAGCAGCAAACCCCCCAAGCAGCUCCUCAGCCACCAGCAGAGGAGACCCCGGUGCCUCAACCUUUGCAUCGCAGCAGAGCCCUCAAGCGCUUCAGCUCCAGGUGGCAAUCGAGAGGCUCCACCAGAAGCAACAACGUCCCGGUGUCUGCGCUCGAGAAACAGCACAUUGCAAAGAGUCACAAGAAGCGCUGCAAGCUGCUGGGUGAUGAGCCCUCCUCACAUGUCACUGCCAGCAAUCUGCGCCAGCGUUACAUCACCAAGGAUGGAAAGUGCAGGGUCAACCUGGGGCCUAUCGCAGACAAGAGUCGCUUCCUCUCAGAUAUCUUCACCACGCUGGUGGACCUCAAGUUUAGCUGGUUCCUUCUCGUCUUCACUAUGUGCUACAUCCUCACAUGGCUGACAUUUGGUGGAAUCUAUUUUCUAGGUGCGUGGUUGCGUGAUGACAUUGCUCAUGUCCAUGACCCUCAAUGGAAGCCGUGCUACCAGAAUGUGGACAGUUUCCUAUCAGCCCUGUUGCUUUCAUUGGAAAGCCAGAGAACCAUUGGGUAUGGCUCCAGGAUGGUGACAGCUCACUGCUCCGAGGGCACGGUGCUCCUGAUGGUCCAGUCCAUCCUUGGUUCCAUCAUCGACGCUCUGAUGGUGGGCUGCAUGUUUGUUAAAAUCUCCCGGCCCCAGCAGAGAGCUCAGACGCUGAUCUUCAGCAAGAACUGUGUCAUAUGUGAGCGGGACGAGAAGCUGUGCAUGCUCUUCCGCAUCGGUGACCUCCGAGUGAGCCACAUGGUGGACGCCAAGAUCCGGGCCAAGCUGAUCAAGUCCCGGCAGACCAAGGAGGGCGAGUUCAUCCCGCUGGAGCAGUCGGAGAUCAACCUCGGCUACGACUCCGGGGGAGACAGGCUGCUCCUGGUGGAGCCGCAGACCAUAACCCACGUCAUCAAGGAAUGCAGCCCCUUCUGGGAGGUCGGGGCCGAGCGUCUGAAGAGGGAAACCUUUGAGAUCAUUGUCAUCCUGGAGGGCAUCGUUGAGGCAUCAGGUAUGACGUGCCAGGCGAGGACUUCCUACACAGAGGAUGAGGUCCUGUGGGGCCACAGAUUUGAGUCCUGCAUUUCCUUGGAGAAAGGAGCUUUCCGUGUGGACUGCAGUAAAUUUGACAAAAUCUUUGAGGUUCAAAUGUCCAACCUCAGUGCGAAGGACAGGAGCUCAGCAAAGGAACAAGAUGAUUUGUUUUAGAAAAUCUUACUAAACAUCUCCUUUUUGUGUAUUAAUACUGCAUUAAACUUUAACACUCAUAGUUCAUAGAUAUUCAUCUGAG